UUUUUGUCAACCCAUAAUGAAAACAAAGAAAAAAUAAUUUCAUUGAAAAAAGAUGAAAAUGUUGAUUCUGUGUUAUGCUUGUUAAUAGUAAAUAUGUCCUUAUUAAGCACUUUUAUGUUACAACACUCACUUAUGGCUAAUGAUUUUGUAAAACACUUAUUUUGCAAAUUUCAUAUGGAUUACAUGGAAAGAAGUGUUUAUAAUGUUACCAGUGCUAUGGCCCUUCAUUUAUUAAUCAAUCAGUGGCAAAUUAUAUCAUCAAUUACAUUGUGGAAUGUUAAUACAUCAUCUAAUAGCAUUGCAUGGCUUAUAUUUACUACUCUUCAUGUACUAGCUUGGUCAAUAAUUUAUAGUGGAUGCUUAACCCUUUGAGUGCUGAAUUUGAGUAGAAGGUCUUGUCUUUUCCUAUUUUCUCUGGGUCCCACGCUUUCUCGUAGCACAUGUGCGCUGCAACGUUCUAGCGUCUUGGCUGAGCGACUCCACUUCCACGCGGCCUGAGGGAGGACCACAGCCAGGAGAAGGGGCCCACGCGAGACGGGGUGGACUCCUCCACCAUUGGACGAGGGAUGAUCCUGAGGGAGGAUCCAGGAUCCAUCAAGGAAGGGGAAUCGACCGACGACGCGCGAAGGUCUCCUCCGCCAAGCGUUGAACGUUCAGAAUGAUUUUGUCGCUUGACUCUGCAAAGUUGUUCUCACGCCGCAAAUCAACAUCAUACCUAAUUGAAACAGUCUGAUUAAAUUCUUAAAAUUAAAAGCAUAAUCAACUGUGAAACAUA